AUGUCUUCAACCUACCACCCAUCACUGGAUGACCCAGACGCCUGGGUUCCAUACCGUUACCAUCCAUCGCGACCUGCAGCGAUAGUAUCUCUCGUUGCGUUUAGUAUCACGACAUUUCUGCACUGUUACCAGGUCUGUCGAAGGCGAACAUGGUACUUUAUUCCAUUAGUGAUCGGAGGUUUCUUCGAGAUAGUGGGAUUUAUUGGCCGAAUACUGUCGUCGAACGAUCUCUGGGCUCUCGGUCCCUUUAUAAUGCAAUCUUUGCUAUUGCUGGUUGCUCCGGCUCUGUUUGCGGCUUCUGUCUAUAUUAUCCUUGGACGAAUCAUCCUUCUCACAGACGCUGAGCGCUAUUCUUUGGUUCGCCAAAAGUACCUUACCAAACUCUUCGUCACUGGCGACGUCAUCAGCUUCUUAACGCAAUGCUGCGGCGGUGGCAUUCAAGCAGCAGGAAGCCUUGCCCUACUCCAUGCCGGCGAGAAGAUCAUCAUCGUGGGAUUGUUUCUACAGAUCUUCUUUUUCGGUUUCUUCAUCGUCGUUGCUGGCCUCUUCAACUACCGCCUCUCACGCGCUGAGUCUUUCCAUCCGAUCAACGACCGAAACUCGACAGCCAUUCCUACGCAUGACCUGCCCUGGCGACGUCAUCUAUAUACACUUUACGUCGUCUCAGCGCUUAUCAUGAUCAGGAGCAUUUUCCGCGUUGUUGAGUACCUACAAGGGAACAAUGGCUAUCUUCUGCGACACGAAAUUUUCCUUUACAUCUUCGACGCGCUAUUGAUGUUCAUUGUCAUGGCCAUAUUUAACUGGAUCCAUCCAGCGGAGGUAACAGAUCUUCAUCAAAAGCGAAUU